AUGGCAUGGGAAAUCAUUGGAGCAAUACCAAAUCAAAAGAAGAAACAUCUACUUGUCUUCCAUCUUCUUCCGCAAAAGGCAUCGCGAAUAAUAGAAUGGAGUAGAUCUCGACAUCUAUCAAAAAGACUUACCUUCGAAAUUAACAAAAUAGAAGGAAAGAACGAUCCGACAAAACCACCAAAAGUAGCAACAACAGUACGACCAGAGCCUAAAAAGGAACCAAAAGUACGAAAAUUUCCGCCAAACGGGCCCGAAUGUGAGGAGCUUCGAAUUCUUUUUUCAACGGAAUUCUAUGACUUGUUAACAAUCGUUCCUCCUACUACGACCACGACUACCACAACAACUUCCACUCAAACGACAACUACAACGGUUACAACUGAAAAACCUAAAGGCUCUGUGUUGACUAUCAUCUUUGUGAUUGUUGUGGUUCUUCUGUGUAGCUCUUGUGGUGGGGCAAUUGUCUACUUUGUCUUCUUGAAGAAGGGCGGCGACUCUGAUGGAGACAAAUCAAAGAUGGACGAUAAAGGCACAAAAUCUAAAAAGGACGACAAAGACAACAACUCAAAAACGGACAAGGACUCCAAAUCUGCCAACUCGGAAGCAGAGACGAAUUCAAAAGUGAAGGAUGCUGAAGAAGGCAAAAAGAAGGAAACUAGUUCUACUGCAAUUGAAGAGGCAAAGUCUAUGGGAAAAAUAUAAAGUAUAAAGGGAUCAUGAAGGGGAUAA